CUUGGGUUCCUGGGCGCGCCCCAGCAGUUCUGGUCUUCCGGAUGGGCCCCCAGGGGUCCUUCGUGGGAGUCGCGGGGCUGGUGGGCCAAGGGAGCCUGGGCCUGCCGCGAGACGCCCGUGGACUUGGCGCUCCCGCGCAGGUACUUUGACGAGAUCUUCGAGUGCCGCCUGGUGAACAGCCCGGACGUCGGCAUCGCGGGCAUGCCGGCCCCGUCGUUGCCGAUCGCGAAGAUGUUCCCGGACCCCGACUGGGUCAAGUGGGCGAAGCAGCACCUCCGCGAGCGCGAGGACCCACUGGAGGCCCUCAACGACGACGUCGACCUCUCGCACCUGUUUGAUCCACAGCGGAGGGCCUCCUCGGCCAGCCCGCUGCUGCCGGUCAACGGGGUGGUGCCAGGCGCGACGCCGGGCACGACUGGCAUGCCAGGCAGCAGAGGAGGCGCCGUCGCCCUUGGCGCCGUCGCAAAGGGCGCCGGUCACGCGUGGGAGCAGAUCACGGACAGGUCCCCGGUGUUCUACGAGCACGUGUUUGCGACAGAGGGCUCCGUCACGGCGCACAAGCCGCCGCAGCUCGCGGUGACCCUCCCGGAGGCGCCCUGCGAGAUCGCAGUUGCCUGCGAGCAGGUUGACAACCGCCUCUUCCAGGUCGGCAAGAAGCGGAAGACGUACCCUGCCCUUCUGCUGAAGGUCUACCAGAAGGUGGCGACGCUCGGCGCUGACCAUGGCAAGCUUCGCGUGUUCAGCCAGGACUUGGUGUGCAAGUCUGAGUGGACGAACACCCGGAGCGCGAUGGUUGCCUGGCGGUGCAAGUCCGGUGGAGAGUUCAAGGUCUUGUGCAACAUGGGGGCUGCAGUCGUGGUGGACCGCCUCAUCUUCCGCGUUUACGCCUCCGUGCCCUACGUGGA